UGCAUGGGAGGAAACGCUCCGAAAGGGUUUCUCACCGAUCAGUGCGCAUCAAUGAAAAGGGCUUUAGAGGCCUGUAUGCCAACAACAGUUCACCGCUGGUGUAUUUGGCACAUCAUGAAGAAGAUUCCAAGCAAAUUAAACGGGUACAAGGCACACGCCGAUGUCGAACAACAAAUGAGCCAUGUUGUUUGGAACUCUCACAGCAAAGACUCAUUCGAUAGGAAUUGGAACGAUUUUCUGGUGAAUUUUGGUCUUGCGGACAACAAGUGGCUCUCAGAUCUGUACGAAGACCGUCACAUAUGGGUUCCUAUCUAUCUGGACCACCACUUCUGGGCAGGGAUGAGAAGCACACAAAGGAGCGAGAGCAUGCAUUCAUUUUUUAACAAGUACAUCACCCGUAACAGCUCGCUCAUUCAGUUCGUCAAACAGUACGAUAAUUGCCUCGGAAGCAGGGAGCAAGCAGAGAGAGAAUCAGAUGCUGCAGAUUUUCAUACGGUCAUACCAUGUGCAACCAAAUCCCCCAUCGAAACUCAGUUUCAAGAUGCGUACACCCAAGCAAAGUUUAGGGAAGUCCAAGCCCAAUUCAGAGGAAAGGCGAAUUGCAUCACCAGAUUAAAGAAUUCUGCUCUAGGCUAUUCAGUAUACGAAGUCGGAGAACAAGUUUCCAGCUCAAUAUUGGACAAGUUCGCGGUUACCUACGACUCAGUUGCAGCCGAGAUAAACCUGUUUGAUGCUGCAUCAGCGGCGCAUUCAAGUAGCAGCCAAUACCAGGGACAAGUUAUAAAUUAUCAGUUCAGGGUACCAGCAGCAGGGGAUAACUCUUUGGGUGUAUAG